AGUCGCUAGUGUAGCAGCUUGUCAUACAGGUCUGGCAUCAGUGUGCCAGACCUGUCACCUGGGAGAGUGGCAUUCAGAGAUAAACAACAACAGUGGCAGUAUGUCAGAGGAUAAUCCGCCUCAUUUUUUCUCCCAACUUUCUCCUCUGUACCCAAAACCUACAGAAGAUGGGAAAAUAAAUACUGUGCAAUUUCUUGAAGCCUCGAAAUCUUUCAUUCAGAUUUAUGAUCUAAUGGGCACAACAUUUUAUGUUGUGAAAAAGGAUAUGUCAGGCAACAUUGAGAAGCUGUAUAAGACUUACAACAAGGCCUCAGAGAAAUACAAGUAUCUCAACGAUCUCAUUUAUGAGGAGCGGAAUGACCCCUCUCUCUUUGCAGUAGAUGCUCUCCUUUGGCUUAAAAGAGCCCUGGAGUUUACUGUAGCCUUCGUUAAUGGAAUCUGUGAGGAGCAUGAAAAGGGCAAAAAGUCUGAAAGAAUUGACCAUCUGGCCACUGAGGCAUACAAUCAAACUCUUAAACCAUACCACAUGUGGCUAGUACAAAACUUGUUCAAGGUGGUGGUAAAAUCGAUAUCCUAUAGAUCUGACCUCGUUAAAUCUCUGUACAUGGGGAAGGUGGGCUCUGAAGAUGUGCUAUAUGCAGGCUGCUCUGCUUACAUUAAACACUUAGAAACAAAUCUAAAGAUAAUAGUACAAAUGUAUGAUGAAUGGGGCCUUAAUAAUGACAAGAAAGUCUAACUGAGGAUGACUAGAAGGUAUGUAUGUAAAUAGAUAAAGCUCUAGGAAACAUCACUUGUUGACACUCUUCAUCUUGCAUACAGUACAUAUAGUAGGUUUAUUUACACCAUAAACUAAAUAUUUUUUUAAGUCAACAGGUUUUAUUUUAGCCAUUUUAUCUUUUAUAUCAAAAUAUAGCAUAAAUAUAUUGCGUGCCAUCUAUAUGCAUCUAUAAGCAUAAAGGUUUUAUUAACAAGUACUGUACACCCCAGUAUUCUUGCAACUAUCUGCAUUGCAUUAAGUGUUGUGAAAGUAUAAUAGAUUGAUACUAAUGUUAUUCUCUGUUUUCUGCAAUGUUAACCCCCCCUGUCCCCCAAAACCACAUCAAAAAUUAUUUAAGUUAAGAAUUAAAGCAUGAGCCCCAGGGAUUACAAGUUUAUGAGAUGGGCUACUAUUAUAAAUCAAGAUGGAGGAUUUUCCUCUUGUAAAUAUAUUUACUAAACACUUUAUAUUGUCUAAAAAGUUAACUUGCUCAGUGAUGCUCCAAUUGGGUUGGUACCAAUUUUUUCCCAUUUAUUUAAGUUACUUCAACAUUUGCAAGUGAUUAACCAGUGUGGUAGCCAAACCAGCAUGUAUAAUUUUGCUCCAAAUUUUACUGGUACAGUAAUGCAAAGUCUUCAAACAUUUGAAGGUUGGAAAUACAAUAACUGGUAUCUGAUAUGUAAGGGAAGACUCUCCUUCACUCGUGUGGGAAGAUUUUACCUAAAGAUAGGGCUGUUGAAAACUGAUACUGUAUUAUCAUUUGAAUUUGUUUCAGGAUUACAUUAGUAAUAAACUUUUAUAAAUGAUGAUUGUGGGACCAACAGUUAAAUGUUCUUG